AUGCAGUCUGGACUACUCACAAAUGUUGUUACCAUUUAUCCAGAUAUUCAACACCUGGAUGUCAGCACAGGCCCACUGCAGUCUGUGCUCCUUACUAUAUGUUUUUCGGGUAGACUCCCAAGGCCGAUUAUUGAAAGGAAUAUUCCUAUCCAGAUCACAAUCUCUGUUGCAGAGGAAUAUGGGACCUUUACCUCGCCAGUUGUGGAAAUGGAUCUCUGCUCCAGUGCUGGAGAUUUGAUGCACUCAGAUAGCGCUUCAGUCUGCAGUCAUGGUCAUGAUGAUUUUCCUGUGCUCCCAGAUGACAUUUGUAUCCCAUUCCUGCCCCUUCAACACUUCGACUACUCUGACCAGGCUAAAUGGGCCUCACUGACGAAGGAUAUUGAAGGAUGGCUUGUUGCUCAGGUAAAUUGCCAGACGCAGCUGUGGACAUGGGGACGUGAUGUGUUUUGGCUUGCUUUCAUUGCGGCAUGUCCAUCAUUCCCAAUGGGCUCGUGGCCAAAGUGGGAUCCCCGAAUUCCUUUGGAGGGUACAUUCAUUGAGCAAUGGUUAGAACGGUCGGGUGAUGUCGUUAGGACGGAGGAUCAACACACUAUAAAUGUAUUGGCCGACAUUUGGGCUGAGUUUUGCAAACAUGCCGCCCUCUUCUUUCCUUAUCCUCUUGUUGCUUCUGAUUGA